AUGCACGAGAACAUCCAAGGCGCUCCAAGCUCAUACCAGCCCACCGCUACGGUAGAGCCCCAUAUACCACACCCGCAAGCUGCUGGCGGUCAGGCGCAGGCACAGGCGCWAGGCCGAAUGCGAUCCAGCAUCGCAUGUAUACGAUGCCGGCGGUCCAAGGUCAAAUGUGUGAACAACGGGAUCGGAACGACAUGUAGGACGUGCGACAACUCGGGCAGGGAGUGCUCUUAUCCAUCGCCGCUGGCCAGUGGGAGCCGACGACGUGACAGUCUCUCGGGACGGGGUGAAGACGGCGAACGACGCCAGCGAGCGCGCAAGAGUACGAGCGCCUGGGUCGGAAAUGCCGGACCGGCCUCGCGGGAGAGUUCCAGACCGAUACUCGAUGCGCUGGAUAUGAGAGUGCUCACGCCGACUGUAUGGCAAGAGCUGUUUGACAUAUUCCAAAUCCACUACUCUGCGGAUCUACCAUUCCUACAUCCUCCUACUUUUCUCAGGCCCCUUCGGCAGGCAGCUUGUCCACCACCCAACGAUGCGAGUGCACCUCCAGAGGGGGUCAGACCCCCUGCUUCGACCGAGUUCCUGCUGGCAUUUCUCGCACUGACGGCUCGGUUCCACCCUAAGCUGGUCGCGCAUCACUCUCCUUCGUCAUCCACACGGGCCAGCAAUCCGUUAAUCGCAUCCGACUACUACGCCGCGGCCGCGAAUCGACAGAUGGCGAACUUGUGGAGCGAUAACCGUGCACACAACGACAUCAAUCGAGUUCAGGCCACUCUCAUGCUUGGACUGCAUGAGUGGGGCAUGUGCAGAGGAGCAAAGGCAUGGCUGCUUGUGGGAAUCGCUAUUAGAUGUGCACAGGCCAUGGGCUUACAGUACGAAUUGGAGUUGGACGACGAACCAAUGUCGAGAUCACUAGCGCUCAAGUGCGAGGCAGAGCGCAUGGGCGUUGAUCCCGAUCGUAAAAUGUCGAAAUCGGAAAAAUCUGGCGACGAUGCUUUUAUUCAGCAAGAGAUUCGAAGGCGAACAUUUUGGAGCUGCUACAUCAUGGACCGAUAUCUCAGUAGUGGCAAAUACCGACCUCAGAUGCUGCUCGCAAGAGAGCUUAGAAUUCAGCUUCCAGCGAGUGAGCGGUCUUUCCUCUUCGCGGAGAAAGUUCGGACUCUUAUGCUGGGUGAAGAGGACAAGACUGAUACCAUUCCCGGAAGAGCGGAUCUUCAAAGUCAACGACAACAAUCGGUGAUGCUAGGGACCGCGAAUUGUACACCCGACCUGAACAUUGCCUCGCCCAGGAGCAUGGCACUUGAGAAUGACGAGGAAAAGGGGAGAAUGGAGAUUGGACCUGAGGAGGGACUGGUCAGCCGCUAUGUCAAGGUUUUGGAGAUUUAUGGCAAGGUGAUUAAGUGGGCUUGCAGCGGUGGGCGGAGAAUUGAGGAGUGGCCGCCAUGGGAUCCACGCUGCAAUUUUUUCAAACUCCGCCGACAAUGUCAGGAAUUCAAAGCCAGUCUACCACGACAAAACGCCCUCACCCCUCAAAACACCCAAGCUCACAUCAGCAUGAAGACAUCGACACCGUACACUCUGGUGCAUGCUGUGUAUCUCUUAUGCCAGAUAAUGCUACAUCGCGAAUAUGUGCCAUUCAUCCCAAUCCGCUGCGCCAAACCCGAGGGCCCGGUAGAUCCACCUCUGUUUCCGGCUGAUAAAUAUCUCGUUCCUCCUGGCUUCUGGGAGGAUACCGCGCGGCAGUGUUUCAAGUCGGCUCGAGAGAUUAUCGAUCUGGUCCGGACUUGCCAGGAGUGGAGUGCGCUUGUUGAGACUCCCAUUAUUGGUUUCGCCAUCUAUACAGUUGCGUUCAAUGGUGUCUAUUGUAUAAACUUUCCAUGGAUGGACCCGGAUGGAUACAUGUGUACAGCGUCAUCGUCAGCAGCACAUCUGAACAGCUCCCGAGCUGGUGAAAGCCAGGGGUUUGAGGCUGCGAGGAAGGCCUUGGAGAUGAUUGGGUCGAUGCGACCCAAACUCCACAUGGCCGACGGGUGGUUCAAGACGAUCAAUAAAAUGCACAAGUACUUUCGAAAGUUGAAGAGCGAUUAUCGGAAAAGCUCCCAGACAAUGGAGAGUUCUUCGGAGGGAGACAGCCCCAUCAGCACACGGCAUCUCAGUCUGAGAGAGGGAGGCUCAGGAGGAGGUUUGAGUGAAUUCCGACUACUGGAAAGGACAUUGCAGGAGUUUGGAAACCUUGAAGAUGAGGAUGUGGAGAUGGGAGACCUGCAGCACGAUGAUUCAAAGGCACUGGAUGAGGCGUAUGAUGACAGCAGAUCCGAUUCCGAGGUCAAAAGCGAAGGACCAGGCGAGCGUCUGACGGGCGCUGAGCCACCCCGAACYUCCGAUGCAGGAACUUGGAGUGCGAUCAACACCGCUGCUGCGCCUCCCAACCAUCAACCGACUUUGCCAGCUCCCGUCAGCCAGUUUAGGAGCUAUGACUCUUACCCUCAACGGAACCACCAGCAGACGUCGCCUCAGGGACAGGCAACCCCACAUCACGGAUACAGUCAUCAUCACGCCAACAACUUGCGUCCUACGUAUUCAGAUACUGCAGGUGGCGCACCUCCCACCCCGGCGAGCCAUUCUGCAGCGGGCACAACGCCUUCGGUAUCGCAACCCUCUCCACCUUAUGAGAAUCGACAGGGCUAUCUUCAGCAUCAUCAACAACAACAACACCACACCUACCAAAAUUGGCCGGCUCCGACUUCGGGAUAUCCGAUGCAACCUCCUCCUCCCAAUCCCUACGUCCACAACCCUCCCUCACAACACCUCCACCACCACGCCAUGCAAGUGACAUCGCCACUCCACUCGGCGUAUUCAAGUCCAGGRCAUGCGAUUCAUGCCUCGGGUCCUCUUCCACCCAUGUCUGCUGAACCUCAACAUGCACCCCAACAACAACCCAACGAUUGGGCGAUGAGCAAGGAGGCAUGGCUCAACAGCCUUGAUACGCGAUUGGGAGGGGAUGACGUGGCUGCCUUUGUGGAUGGAGGGGAGAUGAGGGAGUGGGUGGGUAUGGCGGCCAGUCAGGGGUUUGGUGGUUGGUGGUUGAGUACUGUUUGGGGCGGGGGAAAUCCUUGA